AUGGCUUCAGAGAAGGGAAACAAACCGAAGAAUAAUGGUGACGAUCUGAGCACAAUCCUCUCCCACGAGGAGCAGGUUGAGCUCACUCUGCUAAUCGCCAAUAUCACCGAGGUUAUGAGAAAACAAAUCACAGAUACUUUCGAUGCAGAUUCUACUACUAAAAAGGAUCAAGAACCAAAAAAUCCACUUCAGGAGAAAGAAAACAAUCCAAAUGUUGACGAUGCGGGAGAGGCCGAGGGAACGGUUGAGGAGAAAGAUGCUAGAGAGUUAAGGGAGAAGCGAGCAAGGGAUUUAUCUGCUCCGAAGAUGCAAGACCUAAAGAAGGCAACUGAGGAGUAUUUUGACAAAUGGCGUGAGGGUAUCAUUUUGAGACUUGGAGAAGUUGUUAAUAGUCCCAAGAAAUUGGAAGAGCAGAUUGAGCACGCUUCCAUAGAAGCGACGCCUGAUUCCGAGAAAGAGACCCAAACGAAAGUCAUCACUUCCAACACCAAUAUCGAGGAAGCUGAUGCGGCACUGAUCACGCUUUAUCCUCCUACAUCCACCGCCCUAUAUUCCUUGCCAAGAGACAAACGCAUUCUUCUACUGAACGCCAUGUUACUGCUCCUUUUAUCUCUCGAGCGAUAUUCUUCAUACUCCCGAAUUCUGCUUCUGCAUAUAUCUUCUUCCCUUCAUCUCCCACUACACAUCCUGGCUGAGCAAGAGGUUAAGGUUGCCCAGGGCCUUCUCGAAGCCGCAAAGCAGAUGUCUGGAAAAGAAGAGACUGAAAAGAGAAGUGAUGAGAAUAAGAACAGUAGGAGGUGGAAAGUUGGUCUGGCUGGCGUCGCGGGAGCCGCAGUUAUUGGCAUCACAGGUGGGCUUGCUGCUCCCUUGGUUGCCGGUGCAAUCGGUACAAUCAUGGGUGGAAUUGGUUUAGGUGCGACUACUGCGGCGGGUCUUCUUGGUGCCCUGGCGGAAAGUGGAGUCAUCGUGGGCGCUCUGUUUGGGGCAUAUGGCGGUCGCAUGACUGGAAAGAUGAUUGAUCAGUACGCAAAAGAGGUAGACGAUUUUGCUUUUCUGCCAUUGAAAGGAUCAAAGAACCACGAACCUCUUCCGGAAGAUCGCCGGCUGAGAUUAACGAUUGGAAUAAGUGGGUGGAUUACCCAGACGGAAGACAUUAUCACUCCUUGGAGAGCCCUCGGCCGGCAGAGUGAAGUAUUUGCACUCAGGUGGGAACUUGAAGCCCUGACAAAACUCGGCACUUCCAUGGAAUCCGUUGUGAAAUCCGCUGCCUGGGGGGUCGCAAAGAAAGAGAUCAUCUCACGGACCAUUUUUGCUAGCUUGAUGACUGCUCUAUGGCCGAUCGGGCUCCUCAAAGUCUCGAAAGUCGUGGACAACCCCUUCUCUGUCACCAUGAAUAGAGCCGAUAAAGCUGGUCUUGUCUUAGCGGAUGCCCUAAUCAACAAGGCACAAGGGGAAAGACCUGUAACACUUAUCGGCUACAGUGUAGGGGCAAGAUUAAUCUACUCGUGUUUGAUGAGUCUUGCUGAACGGAGAGCGUUUGGACUGGUGGAAAACGUCAUACUCAUGGGAGCGCCUUGCCCUUCCGACGACGCUCCUUGGCGGGCAAUGAGAAGCGUUGUUGCUGGGAGACUUAUCAAUGUGUAUUCUGAGAACGAUUACAUUCUCGGAUUUCUUUACCGGACUUUCAACAUUCAAUACGGCGUGGCUGGUCUGCAGGAGAUCGAGCAGGUGAAAGGUAUUGAGAAUAUCAACGUCAGUGAUAUGGUCAGCGGCCACCUUCGUUUGCAAUAUCUCGUGGGCAGCAUUCUUGAAAAGAUUGGCUUCGAAGAUAUUGAUGUAAGUGAGGUAGCGAGAGAAGAGGAAACUCUAGCAUUGAUGGAGGAGGAGGAGAAAAGGGAAGAAAACAAGAAGGACGGAAGCAAUAUAACACCCGAAGAGGAGGCAAAAGAGAUGGAAAAGGAUGUCAAGCACAAGACAGACCAGACUAUGAUGCAAAAGGCGGCCGAAAAGCUGCGUCUCUCAUAG